AUGCUGGCUGGACACUCGGUGAAUCAGUUCACUGGUGCGCUCGGGCGGACUGUCUAUGUGGGCAACAUUCCAGAUGAUGUACCCGCCGACGAAAUCAUCAGUCUUGUCAAAACCGGACCGAUUGAAUCCAUUCGUGUCUUACCCGAGAAGAAUUGUGCGUUCAUCUCGUUCGUGGACCCCAUCAGUGCUGCCCACUUUCACACAGACGCAUCUAUGCGAAAGCUUACGCUGCGCGAUCAGGAGAUCAAGGUCGGCUGGGGAAAGCCGUCCGCUUUGCCUGCCAAUGUACAAAUGGCCAUACAGCAGUCUGGGGCUACACGCAACGUCUACCUUGGCAAUUUGCCUGCUGAACUGGGUGAGGAUGACUUGCGCGAACAGCUUGGCAAGUACGGACCCAUUGACCAGGUCAAAAUUGUUCACGAGAAGAACAUUGGCUUUGUGCAUUUCCUGAGCAUUGCCAACGCCAUGAAGGCUGUUCAGCAGCUUCCCUCUGAGCCAGACUGGAAUGAUCGCCGCGUAUACUACGGCAAAGAUCGCUGUGCAUACGUAUCAAAGCAGCAACAGACCGUCGCCGCUCAGAACCAAGCUAUUCUCGGCAACCUUGGUCUCUCGCAAAUGCCGCAGAUGCCGAUGAUGUUAAAUCCCAACUCUUAUCUCACUUCUGGCGUAAUUGCAAGCAACAUGGGCAAUCGGACGGUGUACCUUGGAAAUAUCCACCCAGAGACAACUUUGGAAGAGAUUUGCAAUGUUGUUCGAGGCGGCAUUUUACAUCACAUUAGAUACAUUCCUGACAAACACAUCUGCUUCGUCACCUUUGUGGAUCCAAAUGCAGCAAUCGCCUUCUUCAGCAUUUCCAACAUGCACGGUUUGCUGAUUCACAAUCGUCGUCUCAAAAUCGGAUGGGGCAAGCACUCGGGACCCCUUCCUACAGCCCUCGCCCUUGCUGUUGGUGCUGGAGCCAGUCGCAAUGUGUAUAUCGGCAACAUUGAAGACAGCUUGACGGAAGAGCAGAUCAAGGCUGACUUUUCCGAGUUUGGGGAGAUCGAGUUGGUCAACUCGCUGCGCGAGAAACAGUGUGCUUUUGUCAACUUCACCAAUCUCGCGAGCGCCAUUAAAGCCAUCGAAGGUAUUAAGCAGAAAGACGGCUACAAGCUUGGCAAGUAUCGCAUCAACUUUGGCAAGGACCGUUGUGGAAAUGCUUCCAAAUCUCGUAUGCCGAUGCAUGCGCCAGCCAUGCUGCCGACCAUGAUGGGACAGCCUUACUUCGUGCCGAUGAACCACGAGCCAGUCGACUAUCAAGAAGGCUUCAUUAAAGCCUACAGCGGCGAUCGCGUUAAUCCUUCUAGUCGCGAAGAUGAUAUUUAG